AUGAGCGACCUUCCUCCCGGAUCAUUCGUACAUGGUGGCGAGCAGCCUAGCACUGCCAUCUCAAACACCGCUGAAGCUCCUGACGUGCUCUCGCCCACCAUCGAACCGCAGUCAUCUUCGCAUCAACAAGUUAAAGAAGCCGCAGAAGAACGCGAAGAAGCCAAGAGUCUCAGCGAGGCAGCUCUUUCCAUUCCGGACUCUGAAGCAGCCAACAACGAUGCGGCUUCCUACUAUGAGCCGGCCAACGAAGCUGUUCCGGGCGAUGCUGGUGUCGUUGCUAGCCAGGGUCCGAGCGUAGACUGGCAAGGUGUUCUUGGACAUUCUGCCUCUAGUCUUGGCGCAGCUAAUGCAGCCACCUCGGCCUACUUUUCCUUUGCGCGAACAGCUACUGCCUUUGGUCUCAACGUUGCUAAGCGUGUGACGCAAGGCUUGGUCGCUGUACCCGCCCUCCUCGCUGACGGUGCUCUUACCGGAACGGCUCCUGGAGACACGUCUGGCACUCCAUCGAUUUCUCGAGCUGCGCAUUCAGGCAUCGCAACCUUCUUCGAUACAAUUUCUUCGGUGGCUGUUGGAGGUAUCGAUCUGACCAGUGCUGUAACUAGUGCUAGUCUCGGCGCUGCCGGAUCUGGUGUCGAGGGAGUCAGGAGAGCACUCGGUUCAGAAGUCUUGAGAAGCUUGCUGGAAUUCUCCAAGCUCGUAAAGCGCGAAUGGACCCACGAAGACGAAUCGUUGCCACCCGGGGGCAUCCCAGCUUACUCGAUCAUCGGCAUCACUAAAGCGCUGUCCACCUGGGUGUCUAUCCAGCUUGUCACUCGCAGAUUCCAAGAAGAACGAAUGCUACAGGGUCUUUUCGAAAUCGAUACGCACAAGCUCAAGCAAGAUGUCGAGAAGCUCAAGCAGACUCACCACGUCGGGGCUACCAGCGCUCCUCUCGUCCCAAUUACUGAGCGCACUACAGGUACUACAGGAGAGCGCCAGGGUCAAGUGACCCAGAGUCAAUCCGACGUCCGCAUCACGUCGAACCAAGCCCUCACUGGCGAAUAUUCGGGUAACGUAAUCGGUGCUGAGAUUGGACACAAGGAUGGAUCAAGCUCUCGCUUGCCGGGCUCCGAGCUUUCCAGCGAACCUGCUAGAGCUCUGUCGGAUGCCGAAGCUGUUCACAACCUGCAGCGCUACUCGAAGCUCGUCCUAGGUGUGUACGGUGGAAUGGCACUCUACUGGCUCAACUCCAUGCCUUCCAAUAGUCAGACUCUGCUCAGCAGUACGACAGUCAACCACAAUAAUACCAAAUCGAGCCCCGUUAUUUUCUCCGCCGAGGAGGAGUUCAUGCGCCAGGAUCAAGCCGAGUUUCUGGAAGCCGCGGCACAAAUGGAACUGGAGGACGAAGAAGAUGACACGCUUGCGCCUGUGGCCGACGCAACCAAUGCUCCUGCUGCUAGAUCUUCCAACAACGGCGUUGUAGCCAUCGACCGAAAUGGCAAAGGCGACGCCUCGUCGUACAAUCUCUGGGAUGUGAUCUCGGGCACACACGAUGAGGAUCUGUUCCAUCAAACGGCCAACCUUGACCGUGGAGCUGCUUCAGCAGGACAGUAUGAAGAAGACGCUAAUCAUGCGGGCGGUCGAGCGCCUUACAACCCGAAAGACAAGGCCAGACCCAGCAAGCCUCGCUUCUACGUCGUUACAGAUCAUCCUCGUAAAACCAUCAUCCUCGUGCUGCGCGGUACGCUUUCAGUGGGUGAUGUCGCUGCCGAUCUCACGUGCGAAUCGGUACGGUUUGUAUUUGAUGACGAGGUGCAAAAGAACCUGGACGCUCGAGCCGCCCAGAUACAGGAAGCGAGCGGCGGAGCCAAGCGCGCCCACUUUGUAUCGGAAGAAGCGUACGGCAACGUUUGCCACGAAGGCAUGUACAUUACUGCGCAUGAGAUCGGAUCGAAAGGCCGAGCAGUUCAUCGAUCAGUAGCUUCUGCGUUGGCGGCAAAUGCGGGCUACUCUAUUGACAUCACAGGUCACUCGCUCGGUGCAGGAGUGGCCAGUGUGCUUGCCAUGAUGUGGGCAGAUCCGACUACGGGCUUGACCACUUGUUCGUCUGGUCUGCCGGCAGGUCGGCGACUUCAUGCGUAUUGCUUCGCCGUUCCGUGUGUCACCAGCUCGCAGUUGGGUCGCAGUGUGGGAUCGAUCAUCACCUCGUUCACGUAUUCGUACGAUCUCGUGUGCAGGUUGUCGCUCGGAUCGAUCCAGGACAUUCGUAACUGCAGCGCAUGGCUGUGCUACCAGGACAAAGAGGCACAUCACGGUGAUGGAACAAUGAACGCACUCAUGAAGCAGGCCUUCGAAUACCAGUCGGGACGCAUCAACGCAUCGCAGCGUGCCGAACUGGAACAUGAAUUCUUAGUGCUGCGCAAGACGCUCGAGGCCAACAUGAACAAUACACACCUCUUCCCCCCGGGCAAGGUGCUCUAUGCACUCACUAGCAAAGACGAUAUCUUGGAAACAGCUGGACCAGACGACAGCGUGAUAGUCGCAGGCAAAAAACAGAGACUGUUCAGAGUAAAGGACGACGAUGCAUCGGCUUUGAUCAAAGUGUUUGGCCAGAUCAUCAUGUCGAGAAACAUGCUCAGCUGUCAUAUGCCCAAUGUGUACGAUAACAGGUUGCAUGAUCUCACCAGGUAG